AUGCGUGAAACAGCCGGUCGCUCCGUUUCCGACUUUUCGUGCUAUGCCUGUAAGAGUAAUCGGGCAUUGCCCAUUUGUGGCCUCUGCGAUAGGCUGAGUGGCACAUGUGAAUAUCCCACUUGCAAUCAAAAGCCAGGUCCUAAAGUUGGGAGUACCCAGAAAAACACUCGCAGGCCCGUUAAUUCACGAAAUGGGCGUCCUUCAAGGAGAGGCCCCUCUCCUAAUGUGCCCGAGGCCACUGCCUCACGAAGUGCCUUAUCCACCGAUGAUACGCCAUUAACCAGAGCUGCAAAGCCUGUUCAAGCAUCGACUCAAAAUCUUCCACUCUCAAGACAGUCUCCCCCUUUAGCGAAUAGCGAUGACGAGCAAAAUACUCCUGCGAGUGCGACAACAUUCGUCCAGAUCAUGCAUCCUUCACACGAGGUGCAGCUACAAUCAGGCUUUUCUCCUUCUUGUGGAGGUACGGCCACCGAAGCUAUUGUGAAACGCGUGUGUGAGGGACUGGAAAUCUCCAAAGAGCUCUACAACUACCUGAUGGACUCGUACUUUAACAACAUGACAACAUUUACACUGUUCAAGCCGUAUAAGAUCGAGGAAAAAUUUUCUCAGAUGCAAUCCGCAACUGAAGCUGAAGCUUUAGUAGCCGCGACAUUCGCCUACGCCGCAAGAUUCCAUUCUUCCUUCAAAACGCCGUCACGUCCCACCGACUGUCCUUCGCAUUCCUACUUUGCUCGUAUCGCUUCAAAACGCCUAAGUGACGCCCUUGAGCAACUGGACGACUCAGUAGCUCCACUCUGGCUUCUUCAGGCCUAUAUCCUCCUCACCUUUUACCAGUUGACACAAAGUGUCCGGUCAAAAUCAUGGAGGCUUUUGGGGGUUUGUAUCCGGCUAGCAUACGAGCUGAAUCUUCAUCGAGUGGAUUUUCCAUCCAAGCGACAGGUAGACAAGGACAAUCACAACAUCGACACGGAGCAUUGGUCCAUGCUUGAGGAAAAAAGAAGAGCUUGGUGGGCCAUCUGGGAGAUGGAUGUCCUUGCUAGUGCAAUUAGACGCUUGCCCAUGGCUAUCAACUGGAGCUAUAACUUUACGUUUCUGCCAGUUCCUGACAGCUGCUGGUUUGGUGAUAGCCCUCAAAGAAGCUGCCAUCUCGCCGAAGAUCCGAAUCUCCGCUGGAAGCAGUUGCACAAGUCAGGCAAUUCUAGCCCGAAAGCCUGGUACAUUGUUAUCAACUCCUUUGUAUACAAUUGUCAGUUGCUUCUGCCGGAUUAUAAACUCGAAAGCGAUCCAACAACAAAUAUCGCUUAUGUUACCAUCUUAGCCAACUGCUUGUACUGCACGACUAACUCACUUCCCUCCGAUCUUACCUAUCAUGGACAGGCUCUUGACUUUCUCACUAAAAGGUCCCCGCAAGAUAUCAGCUGUCGUCAGUAUCAUAACGACAUAUAUUGCAUUCAUAUAAUAACACAGCUUGUCCAUUUCAUGAUCUUCCAACACCAGAUCGCCGCCGAAGCCCCCUGGAUGACUCCGUUUCAAGCAAAAAAUAUAAACGGGGGGAAUGAGAACAAAGUUUCCAAUCAUCCUUUAUGGUCGAAUUAUAUGAAGGCCUCUGAGGAUGUCAUCACCAUCGAACGCAAUAGUUCUGGUGAGCACUACAAAUACACCAACCCUUUUAUGACCAAUACGCUGUGGAUUGCCGCGGCGGCACAAAUAGCGUGCCGCAUGUUUGGGCCUUUGUCUCUCAAUAAGCAGCUGGCGGAUUCGAAUUAUGAGCUGAUCUGUCUCAACAUCGAUCGAUCAAUCAUUUUCUGGUGCGGCAUGGAUAUUUUGAAACGUAGACUAACCAGAGUUGAGACUUCAUUAAAAGGUUUAACUGCAAAGCAAGGCGGUGAUAAUAACUUGCAAAACUUGGGCGGGAUUCCAACUUCAGAAACGAUGACCUCUCACCAGGAUGCGUCUUCUGGGUCGUCGAAUUACUCCGAUCCGCUAACAUAUACAUCGAUGAAUUCGAAUAUGCUGUCAUUGAUGCCUCUUCUUGGCAAUAGCACUGAGCAACAUGCUUCCGUAGACUAUGGGGAUUUUAUGGCUGGUAUCGAGCAGCUCUUCCCUUAUGACAUAAACGACUCAUGGGUCAACUUGGAUCUGUCUCAUUUGCAGUAG